GCAACCCUACAGACUGACUAUUCCCGGAAGAACGUCUCUCGGUAGGCCAGCUAGGCUAGUUAAUCAUUACUACCUUAUAGUCAGCCUUUAGAUAAUCCGCUCCAGACCUGGUUAAACGGCACAUGCAGACACAAGAAGAUAUUGAUGUUCUAGAUAUCUAGAACUUACAUCGUCACUAAAGUUUAAUUUGCGCACCGAGAGAUUAUCUGGCUUAGUGAAUGUUAGCUGAUCGUGUAGUUAGCAGUGUAGCUAGCUAACUGGCCUUCUUGUCUUUAUUUUUUUUUUGCUGACUCUAGUUGGUUUAGAGCUUAAAUAAGUUCUGCUGCAGCUACUAGGAACCCUGAACAGAAGGAUUGCUCCACUGAUACGACUAUUCCCUGUGCGUAGGAUCACAGGACAUUGAACAUUGGCUGUGGGGUAAGGUGGGGUCUCUGGGGAGCUUUAGGUUUGUCUUCCCAUGACAACGCGACACCAUGGCAGCAACGGCUCCAGCAGCGAUGCCGAGUGCCGGGUCUCGGAGGACGAGAGGAACAUGGAGGACAUGGAACUCACUGAGCUCGGACCGCUGCUGAUGAGUCCAGAAGCCUCAACCAAACCCAGAGGUGCAACAGCUUACCCGAGUGAGGAGGAGGAGGAGGAGGAGGAGGAUGACAAUGAUGAGGAGGAUGACUUGCAGGUGGUCACACUGCCCUUGCAGGCUCACCAUGCCAUGGAGAAAAUGGAAGAGUUUGUACACAAGGUAUGGGAAGGACGCUGGCGAGUGAUUCCUUUCCACUUGCUUCCUGAUUGGCUAAAGGAUAACGACUACCUACUUCACGGUCAUCGGCCACCCAUGCCGUCUUUCCGAGCCUGCUUUGGAAGCAUCUUCAGGAUCCAUACAGAAACGGGAAACAUCUGGACACAUUUACUGGGUCUGAUCCUGUUCCUCUGUUUGGGCACUCUGACCAUGCUGCGGCCAAACGUGUCGUUCAUGGCACCUCUACAGGAGAAAGUGGUGUUUGGGAUGUUUUUCCUAGGCGCUGUGCUCUGCCUCUGCUUCUCGUGGCUGUUCCACACAGUCUACUGUCACUCAGAGAAAGUGUCCAGAACGUUCUCUAAGUUGGAUUACUCGGGUAUAGCUUUGCUGAUAAUGGGCUCGUUCGUGCCGUGGCUCUACUACUCGUUUUACUGCUCUCCACAGCCACGCCUCAUAUACCUCUCUGUGGUGUGUGUUCUGGGCAUCGCCGCCAUCAUCGUGGCACAGUGGGAUCGCUUUGCCACUCCACGCCACAGACCUACACGUGCAGGUGUGUUCCUUGGCCUGGGAUUAAGUGGCAUCAUUCCCACAAUGCACUUCACCAUCGCUGAGGGCUUUGUGAAGGCAACAACAGUGGGCCAGAUGGGCUGGUUUAUCCUAAUGGGUGCCAUGUACAUCACUGGAGCCGGUCUGUAUGCGGCACGCAUCCCUGAGCGCUACUUCCCCGGGAAAUGCGAUAUCUGGUUUCAGUCUCAUCAAAUAUUCCACGUGUUGGUGGUGGCUGCAGCCUUUAUUCACUUUUACGGCAUCUCCAACCUGCAGGAGUUCCGCUACGGACUGGGAGGAGGCUGUACAGACGACUCUCUCCUCUAAACAACUCCGUCCUUCUCUCCGCUUGCUUUCCACUCAUCACUUCAGCACUGAAUUGAUGAGCAUUUCGAACAUUUCCUGAUCAGUUUGGAUAGAGCUAUCGUACUCCACUGCCUACCCUGCGCUCACUGAUCAGAAACUGUCCUAAGAUUGUUAUUGACUUUAAGGGAUUAUUAUCUAUAUUUUAAAAGGUUUAUACAAUCAUCAAUGUGUUUUAUUGUUGUAAUACUUGAAGACAUAUUAAGUACAACGUGGCUAAAGAAAUACUCCAGCGGUUUUCAACCUUCUCCCUAUUGAAUAGUGCGUGCGUGCGUGUGUGCGUGCGUGUGUGCGUGCGUGUGUGUGUGUGUGUGUGUGUGUGUGUGUGUAAAAUUACCACGAGCAAAACUUUGAACAAGUUUCCCUGUAGUGAGGAAGAUUGUAUUUAAUACAAAUUUGUCAUAAUGUUACAGCAAUCUUGAGAGUUCGAAAGGCAUUACAUCAAUGGAAAGCAUUUAGAGCAGUUGUAAAAUACAACAAUAAUAAAUAGUUCAAUUGCACAAUGCGUUGUGACAGAUGUGGGAGAAGGACUUAUCAACUUGUUGUGUGGUAUUCAGGCCAACAGGGAACUGAGGUACUUGUGUGCUUCUCUCUGUGUUGGUGAAUCGAUACCACAGAUUUUCCCCUCUGUCCUGUAGAAACACGUAUUUUUCACGACAUUUAUUAACUGCCUCGUUUAACAACUGCUCAAGACUUCCAUGAUAUGUGAGCUUAAAGCCAACAAGGUUGCAUCUUUUUAUUCUUUUCUCAAUACAGGGAAAUUCUUGUUCAUGAUGAUUACACUACAUACAUUGUAGAUGAAUAUUUGGUUGAAAAAAACAUGGAUUAUUUGUUUAGGCUUUUGUUCACGGUUCAGUUUUCAAGGCACUGUCACACUGCUGGGGGGAAACAAAACAUAAAAAAAAAAAAGUAUAUCUUGA